AUGACGAACAUUGAUUUAUCCUCCAAUCCUCAAUGGGAAGAAAUUCUUGGCUCCCUUCAACUAUACAAACUAGUAGCCAAAAUAGAUAGAACUAAUAUUAGGGGCAAGGACAUGGAGACUCUAGACAAAUGGGAGGCUUUCUACAAAACUUACGCAAAGUGGGUUGGAUUCGGUGUUAGGAUUGACGACACCAAAUACAGGGAUGGAAUUAUUAGCAUCCGCCGGAUGAACAAGUAUAAUAAGCCAUUGACAAUCAUUGUUGGCGUUAAAGAACACUUUGAGACUUGUGUGUUUGGGUGCGCAGUGAUAGUGGAUGAGACAGAGGACACCUAUUGUUGGUUCCUGAGGGUUUUCCUUGAAUACAUGGGCAACAAAAAGCUUAAAGUAAUGCUCACUGACAAUGAUGAAAGAAUUGGAUUUGCUGUCAACCAAAUUUUAAGUGAUUGUACCCAUCGACUCUAUACAUGGCAUUUGGGAAACAAUGCAACGAAGAACAUUAAGAGUCCAGAGUUCGACCAAGGCUUCUAUGACUUAAUAUACACCUACUACACAUAG